AUGCCGCCAAUGUAUAUCUUGGCCACUCAGAUAUCACCGAUGAGAACAACGUGCGCAUUGAAGGUUAGAUGUGUUCGAACUUAUGAAGUGAGAGAAUGGAAGUCCAGUGAAGCCGUGAAAUGUCGAGAAUGUGUCUUCCAUGAUAGCGAGGGUAAUGUUUUACAUGCUUACAUCCCACGUGAGCAUGUUGUUAAAUUUCAAAACCAGUUCGUUGAAGGCAAAUACAAGAAUUUAAACUUUCCUAGGCAUAUGUUUCGUUUGAGAAGUUUUAAAUCUUUGAGGGCAUCUGAUCAGAUUGACGACAAAGAACUCAUUGAUGUGAUUGGAAGGAUAGUUGAGAUUUACUCUCCAAUAGAAAGGAUUGUAGGUGGAAAGCCUUCUCGGUUGAUUGACUUUCUCAUAGAGGAUGAAAGUGGGGAUGAAAUGAAAUGCACAGUAUGGGACGAUCAUGUGGAUAAAGUUGACUCUUGCUCCUAUGAUGCCACACAAUUAUUUAUCAAUGAAGACAUCCCUGAAAUUCUGGAGCUUAGGGAUAGAAUAUGUGGUGAGAAGACUCCUAUGCGUAGUAUUUGCUCUAUUUCAAGUAUGUCUGCUGCCAAUACUUUUGACACAUUCAACAGUGGUUCUAUGAUAAUGACUACCAUUGCUGAGGUUUAUGAGAAGAAACAGUACGACGACUAUUGGGUGGUGGCUAAGAUCGUUGGUAUAGAAAAUGGUUUGGACUGGUAUUAUAACUCAUGUAAGACAUCUGGUUGUAGCAAAAAACUUACCCUAAAUGCUAAUGGGUGCUACGACUGUUACAAGUGUAAUAAGACAUGGGGUGAAGGAAUGUUGAGAUAUAGGCUUAAGGUUAGAGUUGUUGAUAGGAAUGGUAAUGCAUCAUUCCUUUUGUGGGACCGGGAGUGCAAAGAGUUGAUUGGCAUGUCUGCUGUCGAACUGAGAGACAAAUAUCCACAGGUUAUUAACGAUACUAAAUUGAUUGAUUCCUACUGCCCUGAAUUACUGGAAAGCUUUGAUAAUGAUCCAACUUCUAAGCUUCAGUCCAAUGACUGUUUUGAAUCGGAUGAGGAGUUUAUUUCUGAAGGUGAAGUUGAAAGUCCCCUGGCCAUAACUGGAAAUGCCAAGGAUGUUGAGGAUCUAGACUCUGGGUCUGUUAAGAGGUGUCUUUUAGAUGAAUAUUCCUCAAGCAAGACCUCUACAAAGAAAAUGCUCCUACAAGUCAAGCUGGAGAAGACCUCUGAAGAUGUAAAUAUGAAGAACUUAAAAGAGGGUCAAGAAGGUAUAAACAAAUCAAGUCUGAACAACAAGAUCAGUGCGUAG